AUGAGCUACUACGGCAGCUACUAUGGAGGCCUGGGCUAUGGCUAUGGCGGCUUUGGUGGCCUAGGCUAUGGCUACGGCCUGGGCUACGGCUACGGUGCCUUUGGUGGCCUGGGCUACGGCUCUGGACGUGGCUAUGGAGGCUACAGACACGGUUGCUGGCGUCCGUCAUUCUAUGGGGGACACGGAGUCUAUGCUAUCUAUUAA